GGCUACUACUCCCCGUCCCUUUCCUUCCAAGUUCCCCAUUUUCCCGCAUUUCCAUGGCAACACCAUACCCCGUUUAAACCGUAUAAUCACCAUCUUUGGAAUAAUGCCAUAUAACUAUCAGAACGAUCUCCAAUACUCACUGGUAAUCCCAUAAUAAGAUUACCCUCCUCCUCCACAAAACUUUUAUUAAUAAGUGUACAAGUAGAUGAUAAUAAAUGUAACUAUAUCCUAUUUUAUAUACUGUGGUAUGAUAUCUAUCUUUCCUGGCAUUCCUGCUACCAAUCAAACCUAUACAUGUUGUGCUGCUCAUCCGUAUCCCUUAUCUUCUCCCAGCAUAAAAAAUGUGUGAAGUUUCAAAUGGCAUGUCAGUGCCGAUAUGCACACUUGAAAGCCCACGUAACCACACUCCUCUUUACAGAAUCCGACAUGUGUCCUCUCAUCACCACGUGUCACAACGUGAGAACAAAGCUUCUGGUAACGCCGACGACAGUCAGACAAAUCUUAGAGCUGUCAAAGAUUUAUGCUCUGCAAGAGUGCAUAUAACAAAAAAAAAAUCUCAACCUCUAUGUAUAAAUAACAAAGCAGGAGAAGUUUGAAGAUGAAGAAGAUGACCACUGCGAUCAGAUUAAUUCGACCCCAACCGCCAGCUUGGAUAUUCACGCCGCCGCUGCCGUCAAACUUAGGCCGGAAAGCUUCCGGAGUCCGAUUUAAGCAGGCUGCAAGUGUAGACGUUUCUAGUGAGCCCGAAAGUGAGAACGGUAACAUGGACAAGCAACAGGACAAACCUACUGAGAAAACUGGGGACCUUCUGUCACAUUCUUUCGGGGAGGGGUAUGCGUCGAGGUGCGAUGACGAAGGAUUUGGUGGGAUAUAUGGAGGAAAUCAGUCCCUUCCAAAGACGGAGCACGGUCAGCUGGUCCAUGAGAACCAUCCGGUCUACGACAAGUCGCAGGGAAGUGAAGUGAAGGAGAAGGAGAAAGCACGACACCAGACCGAUGCCUCUUCAUAGAUAAAAUACAGCAUGCUGUGCCGUUUUAUUUACUUUUUCGAACUUUCUACUACUAAUCAAUCUUUUUUUUUUCGUAUUCCUGUUUGUUUUUGAAGAACAAAUGCCAGACUUGUGUGUAUGAGUCUGGCUUGAGUGGUUAAUUUCUACCCUUGAUCUAGCUAAUGUAAAUGUUUUGUGUUUUUUUAAUAAUUAAUCUCAUGUUUCAAAUUU